GCCAUAGAGCUGAGCGGGCCAGAAGGGCGGGGAGGAGGCGGCGGCGGCGGCGGCGAUGCGGUACAACGAGCGGGAGCUGCUGUCUCUCUCCCGGCAGCCAGCCGAGAAGGCGGCCGAGGUCCUCAUGCGCGCCCCGAAGAAGGGAAGCGCCUUGAAGAAGCGUUUGGUGAAACUGGUCGUCAACUUUCUCUUCUACUUCCGAACAGAUGAGGCCGAGCCUAUCGGUGCUUUGCUGUUGGAACACUGCAGUAUCAGCCAAGAAGAAGGCAAAAUAUUUUCCAUUAGUUUCCUCGAAGAACCCGAGAGAAAGUACUUCUUCGAAUGUGAUACAGAGGAGCAGUGUUUGGAGUGGGUCGAGGUUCUCCAGAGGGCGAGCUACGAGUUCAUGAGGAGCAGCUUGGUCUUCUAUCGGAACGAGAUCCUGAAGAUGACAGGAAAGGACCCCCUGGAGCAGUACGGCAUCUCAGGGGAAGCCCGCUUCCAGCUGGGCGCACGGAAGGUAUAACCCCGAGCACUUGGAUCUGGGCCGGCACCUCACCAAACCACCAGCACCCUUGCGCAGCUCCCUGGGACUCCAGGGUCAGGACUGUACGCCGACCGAGUGAGUUGCUUUCACGAACUUGCAGGACCUCCCUCGCCAAGAGGGUGACACCACCCAGCCACCUGCUUCCUCCCAGCUUUGGGGGGUUGAAACAAAGAGUGGAGACUUGACUCCAGCGGUUGCCGGUUUUCUCUCCUCCCAGGGCGCAGAGAACCUGCUAUUCAGCUCAGAAUCGCGCUUCCUUGUGUGUGUAAAUGUGCACUCAAACAACAUGGGCAAGGGUGCUCCUGGAGCUGAAGGAAGGGGCGGGGGCUUUUUGGAAUCGUGCUUGAUUUUCAUUAACAUCCCAAAUUGGGUUUGCGCCCAACUUUCGUGCUGAGAUUUGAGAUCUGUGGUGCACCCAGAAUACCCCCGGCGGAGUUUCCCCACUGAGUAACUGCUCUGGCUUUGCACACCUUCCCAUCGGCUGCCUGGGUUGGGUGGGAGCCACUAUGCUGUCCCUGCAAGGGAUACUGGGGUGCUGAAUUACUUCCCCUGCACCGCACCCCCCCCCCGGUGAAAUGGGCUGUGUGUGUCUCUGAAAUCAUUGCUCCCAAUCCUCAGCCCCUCCCGCCCCCUGGCCUCCGCAAUCCUCACCCAGGAUGGGGCAACUCUUUACUUGCUCUGUAAGGAAACAUUUUCAACAGGAGUGGUGGGAGCACACUCAUUUUAAUUCCCAAAGCAAGCAUGCGCAUUCACCUAGUGCAAGGUUUCCCAAACUUGGGUCGCCAGCGGGUUUUUUGGGCUACAACUCCCAUUAGGACCCGUGAUCAGGGAUGGGAAUUGUGUUCCAAAAACAGCUGGAGGCUCACGUUUGGGAAAACCUGAACUAGAAGGUGUUGGACAGAAGAAUGCCGGACUACUGGAGCAACAUGGCCCUCUCCCUCAGGUGCUCGGCCAACUUUUACCAUUUUGUUGUGCCUUGCUGGCAUCCCCUGCGUCAGAGCUGCUCUCUGCGCCUGGCAAAAUAGGGAACUGAGAAGAGCCCCUUGCCACUUUCCCAAGCUCGGUGCCCAAACUGUGCGCGGUUCCAAGCUCACUCCAGAGGCGGUUCCUUGCUUGCUGGGGUGGCAGAAAUCUCCCUUCCUCAAAGAAAAAAAAUAGCUUGUUCUCCACCCCUCCUUGCUCUCUUCUUUCCUCUCUCUCCUCUGCCCAACUUUUGGGACUGGCAGCUGAAUGUAAUUUUUUUAUAUAUAUAAAAAUCUGCUGUGAAAUUUAGAGGUGUUUUAAAAACUCACUGAAAGCUGUGGUUCUCUGGCUGAUAUUGGACUUAAAACUCUGUCCCGGGGGCGGGCGCUGGGCUGCUGCUUUCUCCAACCCUGCCCUAAGAGGCUGAAUUUCACUGCUGCAGGUGUGAGGCAGAGGACUGCCUCUUCUGCAAAGAGGCAGGGGAAACGACCAGGGAGUCUGCGAUCCUUGGCCAGUGGUGUUGGACGAUGGGAGCUUGUGAAAUCCGUCGUCGACUUAAGGGGCAGAGUUUGGGGGACGAAUGUGGGGGGAGAGAGAGAAAUCACCGACAAAGGGUGGCUAGUUAUUUAGAGGUUUUUAAGAGGCUGUAGAAAUGUAAAAUGUACUUUUAUCAGUUUACAUUCAUCUUCUGUACUCCCUCCUGCCCCAAGACACCAUUGCCUGCUGGAUAAUUGGCCAGUUUUAUUACUUCUGUGCAUUAAACCAGAAAUUUUACUGUUUUGUUGACAUGCCCAGAUCCCCUUUUGUUAUGUCCACACUGAUUUUCUUGCCCCUCUAAUAAACGAAACUACUGUCUUGUU